UUUCUCAUCCACAAGGUUUCUGGUGCGUACCUACACACAUCUAUCUAUGCAACAGCAGAUAAACAUGAAUCAGUUUGUCGGCUUGUGUUUGCUUGGUUUUCUCGCUACGAGCUUAGCGUGUCAAGAUGGAUGGCAAUCUUAUAACGGACAUUGUUACAAGUUAUUCCCAAGUAAUACUCGAAAUUCCGCCGCAACUGGCUGUCACAACGAGGGAGCUUAUCUAGCUUGUGUUGAAGACCAAGCAGAAAAUCAGUUCAUAAGUGGCGUUGCAAAUAAUAACAGAGCGUUCCUGGGACACACAGACCAGGGAACUGAAGGUGUAUGGAGAUGUGCGGAGGUGCCCACAAUGGGAUCAGUAUGGUGGCGCGGAGAGCCUAACAAUUGCUGUGGCGGAGAGGAUUGUGCGGAGAUAAACUUCGGAGGGAGAAGUUACUGGAAUGACGUUCGAUGUACUGCCCGAUUUCCAUCUGUAUGUGAGAAGGAAGGACCUUGUGAAGAUGGUUGGAAUGAACACGAAGGUCGCUGUUAUCGUAAAUUCCAAUCUGCUUUGAAUUUUGAUGAGGCUGAGAACAACUGUGUUAAUCAUGGGGGUCACCUUGCCUGUAUCGACAGCGAUAAUGAAAAUAGUUACGUUGCCGAUUUAGCCGGAGGUAGGGCUUGGAUUGGUCAUAAUGACAGGAAUCAUGAGCGUGUUUGGAUGUGCACUGGCGAAGACGGAAACUCACCUUCUCCCUGGCGUGCAGCGUCCAACGAACCUAACAACUGUUGUGGCGGUGAACAUUGUGCCGAAACUAACUUCGGUGGAACAGCAUUAUGGAAUGAUUUAAGUUGCGGUGGUAGUCUGCCAUAUGUAUGUGAAAAACAGGAUGAGCAGGAACAAACAUCACUGAUGAAUUGUGACGAGGGCUGGACUCUGCAUAAUGGUAACUGUUACAAGCAAUUCCCGGGGCGUACAUUCGAGAAUGCCUUCAAUUUGUGCAGAGAGGAAGACGCAAGUAUAGUCUGCAUUGAUAAUCCAGAAGAAAAUACUUUCAUUGCUGACUUAACCAACGGUGAAAGAGCAUUUAUUGGCACUGUAGAUACUGGCUCUGAGGGGAUUUGGCACUGUGCAAGACAAAAUUCCGGUAGGUUUGAGGGAGAAAUAUGGUGGAGAGGUGAACCAAACAACUGUUGCGGCGGUGAGAACUGUGCAGAAAUCAACUUUGGGAGUCGUGGAAGGUGGAAUGAUUGCGGCUGUCACGCACGUUUAGGAUACGUGUGUGAAAAAAGUGGUCCUAAUUGCGACAGUGGCUGGGACGAAUACAAUGGUAACUGCUACCAGCAUAGCAGUUCGGGAACGAAUUGGCAGGAUGCUAUGGCAACAUGCCAGCGUUUGAAUGCAUAUUUGGUUUGUAUUGGAGACAAUGCAGAGAACACCUUUGUUGCAAAUCUCGCCAACGGAGGACGGGCCUGGAUUGGUUCAACAGAUGCGGGUCAUGAAGGGGCGUGGAUGUGUACGGGAGAGAAUGGAAAUGAAUCUCCCUGGUGGAAUGGUGAGCCUAACGACUGGGGUUCUGGUGAAGAUUGUGCUGAAACCAAUUUCCAUCAAAGAGGCAGAUGGAAUGAUAUUAGAUGUUCUGCCUCAUUCCCAUUCGUUUGCGAGAAAUCUGCUUAUACUCCAGUCCUACCUUGUGAUUUCCUCACAAACUUUUUCACACACUGUGUAACAGACUCGCGAGACGAAUGCGCGGCCCUUGUUACAGCAAUGGCCAGCCUUGAAGACGGUUGCGAUGCAAAUCGCGAAUUCUUGGGUGGUAUGACAGGACAUUGCGCCGUUCAAAAUAAUUAACACCAACCCACAAUUUAUUUCAUAUUAUUGAAUAUUUCAUUAUUAAAGAUACAUUUUGGUUUUCUUCUUAUUGGGUGCUGGGUGCAGAUAAUGUGUUAACGAAAUAUAAUAGGCCUUCAGUUCAAUUAAUAUGAAGGACAUAAGCUAGCCACCAGUCCGAAAAAAUGAAACAUCAUAAUUAUCAACACCUUCCUGAAUUAAUAAUGUCUUUAAAACGGUCUGUUCGUAAGAAAACACUAAUAUAAGGCCAAACCAUGAGUUUUUUCCUGCAGAAUAUGUAAGCUACGAAUAAAUUGCUUCAGUUAAAAUACAAUCGCACUUUCUACUAGCUUAUUCUCUUUUAUGCUUUUAAUCAUGAAUAAAUGGGUAAAUGGUAUCGCAAGAAUUUGCAA